GCAUUGCUAUGUAAGGUAUGAGCACCCUCCGCCCUUCAACAAGAGAGCAAGCAAUCGCGAAAAGUGYCUUAUAUGUGCUGUAAUUCGCUGCCUUACAGCCGUGUUUGAAGUCUGUAACAAGCUACCAACUUGCAGGCAUGGCGAGGGAGCAGAAAGAUGUGGAUAAGCAGUACAAACUUGUCGUUGUUGGCGGUGGAGGUGUUGGAAAAUCAGCGUUGACGAUUCAGUUUAUUCAAUCCCACUUUGUGAGCGACUACGACCCAACGAUUGAAGACAGCUACCGAAAACAAUGUGUAAUAGACGACCGAGUCGCUCAUUUAGAUAAGGAAUUUAGUGCAAUGAGAGAACAGUACAUGAGAAGUGGAGAAGGAUUUCUUUUAGUCUUUUCAGUAACAGAUCGAUCAAGCUUUGAUGAAAUAAAUAAAUUCUAUAAUCAAAUUCUAAGAGUAAAAGACAGGUCUGAAUUCCCAAUGAUUAUAGCUGGAAAUAAGUCAGAUCUUGAAUACGAAAGAACAGUUUCUACAGCAGAAGGACAAGAAUUAGCUAGACAACUUAAAAUUUCAUAUCUUGAAACUAGUGCAAAACAAAGAACCAACGUUGAUCAAGCAUUUCAUGAUCUUGUUCGUGACAUAAGACAAUUCACUGUAGCUACAGAAGCACCUCCCAAGAAGGCAAAGGGCAAGGGCAAAUGUACUCUUCUGUAGAUGUUUAUAAAUGUAUAUUUUUAUUACUACAUAACCUCAUUACAAAUUAAGAACUUAGCAUUCAAAGACCUUUCAAAUUCUUAAGAUUAAAAAUUGAAUGUGAAGUUGCAAUAGCCCUUCAUCCCCUUCUAGUAAGAUUGCUUUAUUUUUUGUAUGUUCUUGACUUACUUGAGGGGGGAGGAUUUAAUGGCAUCCUGGUCUCCCUGUGAUAUUGUAUAAAGGCYUGUUUACACUGGAGUUUUUUGUGGCAAUUUUAAGGUGGUUUUUGUGGUCUUUUUUGGUCCUGGUGAUAAAUGUUAGGAACGUUUUUUAAAGUUUCAUUCAGUGCACUGAAAUCAGUUAACUAGACACCUUUUUACAAGGAUAAGACAAUCUAUUGAUGACUUCCAUAAUGGCAGAGACUAAUUAGCAUAUUAUCGUUAAAUUCAUAUUGUUGACAAAAGAACACUCUGAUGGUACAUAUCAAAGCUGAAGAUAAGUUUUGAAAGUUUCAAAGAAAAAUCUUAAAUCCUCUUGAAGUUAUAAGGGUUAGAAGAUGCAAAAAAACACCAAAACGAGGCUGCCAAGGCCUUAGCAAAGAAUUUUAUACAAAUCCUUGUAUUUUUAUUCCUCCAUAACUUUGUUAAGUAGUUUUUAGUCAAUAGCUUUAAAACUUUCAACAAAUGCCUAUUUUUGAUAGAUCUAUAGUUUUGUCCAUGAUAUGAAAUUGAUGGUAGACACUACUUAUGAAACUGGUCCACAUUUGUAUUUAUAUAUACCGGUAUUUGAAAAUUGCUUGAAAAAUCAUCCUUGAAAUCACAGCACAAAUUGCCAGCGUGAACCUGCCUUUUAAAAGAAUUCAUCUAUAGUUUCAAAUGCAUAAUUAUAUACAUUGUCCAAGACAUAACUAAAGAUUAAUUUAAGUGGAGAAGCUACCAGGACAAAUUAGUUGUUAGAGGCUUCUGAAAUCUCUCUCGAUUUAUACAUUUUUCAGUGAGAAUUUAGAAUUUGGAUAAUUAAUMAAUCAAAGUCCUUAAUUUAAACAUUUACAUGUAGUCUUUUGAUAAAACAUAUAUUAUAAUUCUGUGCUUCUAUGCAGACUUGGGAAACUGUGUGUAUGUUGUCAUGUCUGCCUUACUCAAUUGAUACUAGCUCAUUGAAAGAGUGAUAAAAGUAUAUCAAGAGAAUGAUUCCUAGAUGCAUCUCAAUUUCUUUAUUGAAAUAAUAUCUACAAAUUCUUUUGGUUUUGCURCAUUAAUUUUAUUAUUCAUUCUCUUUAAUGAAUUAAACUAUCAGUUGUUUCUAUAUGUAACUGUUAAAAGCAAUUAAAAGCAAUUAAUAUUAUCAACAGAGGAAAACCUCAACUCUUAUUGCUUUUGACAAUUACUAUUAGUAAUGAUAAAUGUAAUUAUUUUUUUAGCCAUGACAAAAGCAAAAUAAUAUAAAAAUGUUUAGAUCAGCUACUUCCUCAUACGAUUUAAAAUGUUUAGAUUUAGUCUUGACUGCUGAAAUUAUUUCGUUCUCAGAAAGAAAGUAGGAUCAUUUAUAUCUGUAGUGUUGUGUGACAGGGCUGAAUUAAAACUUAUUAACACUUUCAACA